AUGGGAUAUUACCUUGUUGAUGGUAUAUAUCCUUCAUGGUCAAUAUUUAUAAAAACAAUUCCAUCGCCUCAAACUAAUAAGCACAAACAGUUUGCUACAACUCAAGAGUCGGCAAGAAAAGACGUUGAACGAGCAUUUGGAGUGUUGCAAGGAAGAUUAUCCAUCAUUCGUGGACUAGCACGUUUUUUCCAUCGCAAAACUCUCAAAAUUGAAGAUGAAAGAGAUGUUCAAAAUAUAGAUUAUAAUUAUGAUUCAUUUGAUGUCAUUCCUGAAAUAUCAGUCUCACCAGAGCGUUCAACGGAGCUUUUAGAAUUUGUUCAAUGUCAUCGUCGGAUUAGGGAUAGAGAUACUCACUUUCAACUACAACAAGAUCUAAUAGAGCAUAUAUGGAAAACACAUGGAAGUUGA